AUGUCUGUAUAUCGAUUAAAUGCACUCAUAAGUUUGAUGCUCAUGAUAAUAAUCCUAAUGCCGGAAGCGGAACACGCAAAAUCAAAUGUGUUUCGGUACGAACGAAAGAGACAGGCUGAAAUUGAAGUACGCAAAUAUUGCGGUGAUAAUUUGUCGAGUGCGUUGCAAAGGGUCUGUGCAGGCGUAUAUAAUACUCCAUUUAAAAAAAGUAAUCAAGAAAUGGAAAUGGACGAUUACAUGGCAUAUAAUUAUGAUCUGCAUCCCUAUAAAUCGAUUGAAAACGCGAGGAGAAUGUUAAGAUUUCGAAGAAAUUCACCGGGAGUCCAUGAAGAGUGUUGCUCGAAGCCAUGCUCGACAGAGGAGAUACGCUCCUAUUGCGGUACUCGUUAG